UAAAAAGAAAUAAAAUACAAAUAUAAAUAAAUUAUUAUAUAAAAAUAAAUAAGUACCUACAUUUACAAUGGAUUAUAAAAUACUUCUAUUGUUGUCAUUAGUGCACUUCGGAACACUGCUGUGUCAGGUUAAAGCACAGCACGAAAACAUACCAUACCAAUCUGUGACCAAUAUAUGCAAGACAUGCGAGUGCUUGACAGCUCAGGAUGCCAACAAACAUUAUCAUUACGUGCUGAACUGUGCUGUCAAGAAAUUUGAACACAUACUGGCGCGUUGGCCACCGGAAUUUGGGAAUAAUCACAAUGGCAUAGAUAUAGUUGCUACCUACUCGGGUAACUAUAUUGAUAUACUACAGCAACUGCCGGCUACCAAUUCCUCGCUCAGUUUCACCUGUCGCCAUUGCAGUAUUAAACACUUACAGGUGCCAACAUUUAUGGAUGUGCCAUAUUUAAAACGUUUAGACAUAAGUUGGAAUGAGAUAACCUCCUAUGAACUGACACCGGAUGUGUUUCGCGGUCCAUAUCGUGCGACGCGCUAUGAACCGAUCGCUUUAACAGACUUAGAUUUAAGUAAUAAUAAGUUACACACACUGGACAGGAAGCUAUUUGAGCACACACCAAAUCUGACUAAAUUAAAUUUGAGUAACAACAAAUUUGGUGUCUUGGAUGUGCCAACAACUGUUGCCCUGGCUAUGACGCCUAGUUUAGAGAUACUUGACUUAUCUUACACUGGGAUUGAAACUCUAACGGAUGAAAUGUUCAAACCUUUAGUGAACUUAAAAUCGUUAAACUUGGCUGGGAACAAGUUGACGGUAGUGCCAGCUGGUUUUAAAUUUAUUGGACAAAGCUUGGAGAUCCUGAAUUUAGCUGAAAACUCCUUAAAGGGUUUGACAGAACAAAAUUUUGUGGGUCUUAAAGUGUUGAAGCGCUUGAAUGUGAGCGACACAAAGAGUUUAGUAGCAAUUGAGAAGCAUACUUUUUCGCGCCUCGAAACUUUGGAGUAUUUAUACUGCUCACAUAAUCCUAAAUUAGAGUAUUUCGAUCUGGAUAGCUUGUUGCAUUGUAAUAAUUUAACCUAUUUGGAUAUUUCUCACUGUAACAUCAGUACCCUUACAAUUGGCAUGGACCUCUCAAAAACAACAACACUUAACGGCACAAAUCUAACGUUACCGCAACCCUGGCCAAAAUUACAAGUAUUUGAAACAACCGGUAAUCCGUGGCUCUGCGAUUGUGAACUAUUCCAAUUGUUGGAAUUUGCUGGCUCACAUCAUCAACGCAAAGAAGCGGAAACACGUUGUGACUCUCCAUAUCUAUUAGCCGGUGCCAGGUUUUCCAAUUUAACUGCUGAACAAGUCUGUUCCAUGCAAAUACCGAAAAAGUAUCAUGUCGUAGAUGAGGAUCCACCACGUUUUCUCAGAAAACGCUAUAUUAUACUAACAGCCAUAAUAGCAUCAGUAGUGUUGAUUUUGGGACUUAUGAUUGGUUUUGUGGUAUCUUGCAUACGUAGACGUUUGAAGCGAGACGACUUCGGUGUGGAACCAAUAAGAUACACCAGCGUUCGUAGUAGUAAUUUAUCAGCCUUUUCGCAUGUUAACUCUAAUGGAAAUACUAAUAAUGCAUAAGACUUUGUUACAAAUUUACUUUAAAUAUUUAAUUUAAGCGAUACGGCAAAAACAAUUUAAAAAAAGUUUAUAGUAUUUUUUUACUUAAUUUUAGAGUUGGUUUAGUUGUAAGAAGAA